GGUUCCUGAUGUUUGAUGUCGUUGCUCCGCUAACAGCUAACGGGACACCGGGCGGGUUCCUCAGUCCCUCCAUGUUCGGCCCGUACCGUCACCAACCGGCCCGGACCUUACAUGGGCGACGGUCGGUCGGUAUUCCGUGCGGCUGCCCGGUAAGCUCCGCGGGCAGAAUGCAGCAGAAAGAGACCGUUAGCUCCUGUUAGUAUCGGUGUUAUGUAAGAGCAGUGCCCGUUUAGCCGAGUUAGCUUAGCUUUUAGCGGCUACAUUACCGGCUACAUCGAUGGUUAGCCUUAGCCCUGUUAGCUCCUGCGGCUACAUCCAUGGUUAGCUGUUUUCUGUCAGGAUGAAUGACGCGCAGCAGGAAAUGUCUCCGGACUUCGUGUUGAUGCGUCUGGUCUCCGACCGGCUGGAGAAUUCUGAGGCCCAGAGGACCGCGGGCUGCGGGUCCGUUAAAGUCGGUCAUCACGGGUUUGAUCCGGAGCCCAGCGGCCUGGUCUCCCCGCACUACAGCUCUCCGCUCCCCGGGAAACGGGAGCUGGACGCUGGGUCCCCCAGGAACCCUGACCCGCAGGAGGACUUCGCUGCAGCGGCACAGAGGUUCGUGGAGGGGGGGUCCAGGGCUCAGCUGAUGGUGUUCCAGAACCUGCUGCGUUCUGCAGACCAGCAAGGGGUCCUGCUGGAAGAAAGACUUCUGGACUCUGAAGCAGGUUCUGGUCCUGGAGGCCCACCAGCCGGACCCGGAGGUGGGGGGGAUUUUGCAGAGGAGACCCUGCAACCGUGGCCCCUGAGACUGUCCCAGCAGGACGUCCCGGGUCUGGACCCUGACCCUGGGUUGGUCCUGCGGCACCGGCUGGCUCAGUGGCCCCCGGGGCUCCUGGACCAGGCCCUGCGUAUUGGCCUAUUGGAGCCCAGGAAGGACUUUAGUGGGGUGGAGGGGGACCCGGUGCUGGUUCUGGCACGGAGGCUGGGCCAGUUGGGGGAGGGAGGUGGGGGUAAUGCGGUGUCUCGGUGCUCCUGUCACAGCGAGCCAGGGGGGGAGGACCCGGGGGAGACCAGCGAUGCUCUGCUGGUUCUGGAGGGACUGGGUUCUGAGGGGGGGGAGUUGGGAGGAGGGGGGGGGACUCUGAGCGGUCUGAUGCAGCAGGUCCACCGGCUGGCCGAGGAGGCCGGGGUGCUCGCCCCCCCCCAGGCUGCAGCAGACCCCCCCAGCCCAGCCGCCCACCCCCAGCACCAGAGCCGCGCCUCAACCCCCAAACUGGGCCUGGCGACGGGAGGGCGCUUCUCCCCCAUGGUGGUCCUGGAGGGACAGGGGGGGGAGAGGAAGGCUCGGGGGAAGUCGAGGAAAGGGGGGGGGUCCCUGAAGGUCCGGCUCAGCAAACUGUUCAGAACCAAGAGCUCCAGCGGGGGAGCGGGGGGGCUGCUGGACAAGAGGCCGUCGCUGGUGUCCUCCACGUCAUCGGGGGGUGGCAGUCUGCUGGACGUGUGGGGGUCCACCUGCAGCACGGAGCUCAACAGGCUGCAGGUCGGCCUCCCCAGGGCUUUCAGCCCCCCCUUCACCGGUGAGACGGUGUCUCUGGUUGAUGUGGAUAUUUCUCAAAGGGGGGUGAACUCUCUGCACCCCCCCACUCCCCCCCCUCCCCCCAGACGGAGCCUCAGUCUGCUCGAUGAUUUUGGUGCCCCCCCCCAGCAGCAGAGUCCCUUCAGUGUGGGGGGGUCCAUGCUGUCCUUGCCCCCCCGCCCGCUGGCCCUGCCCACCUCCCUCAGCGCAAUCCAGCACAGCCUGAGCCUCAAUGACUCCUUCCUGCGGGGGGGGUUACCUCGCCCCGUGCCCCUGCGUCCUGACGGGCCCCCUCCUCCCCAACUCACCCCCCGCUGCCCCCUCAGCCGACCCGACGCAGGGAGCUUUGCUUCCAGCCUGCGGGAGCUGGAGAAGUGCGGCUGGUACUGGGGUCCGAUGAACUGGGAAGAUGGGGAGCUGAAGCUGAAGGGUCGUCCUGACGGAGCGUUCCUGGUCAGAGACAGCUCUGACCCCCGCUACAUCCUCAGCCUCAGUUUCAGAUCCCAGGGGGUCACACACCACACCCGCAUGGAGCACUACAGAGGGACCUUCAGUCUGUGGUGUCACCCAAAGUUCGAGGACCGCUGUCACUCCGUGGUGGAGUUCAUCGAGAGAGCCAUCCUGCACUCCAAGAACGGGAAGUUCCUCUACUUCCUGCGUUCCAGAGUCCCCGGCCUCCCCCCAACCCCGGUGCAGCUCCUGUACCCAGUCUCCAGGUUCAGCAGUGUGAAGUCUCUGCAGCAUCUCUGCCGCUUCUGCAUCCGUCAGCUGGUCCGGAUCGACCACAUCCAGGAGCUGCCGCUGCCCACGCCUCUGAUCUCGUACCUGAGGAAGUUUUAUUACUACGACCCAGAGGAGGAGAUUAGCCCGACCCUGGGGGAGAGGGGGGUCCAGCCCAGCCGGCAGCAGGGGGUCCAGCUACAACCGGGGGUCCAGCAAGGAGUCCAGCAAGUAGUCCAGGUCCAGCAGGGGGACCAGCUCCAACCAGGAAUCCAGGUCCUGCCGGGGGUUCAACAGGGGGUCCAGCAAGGGGUUCAGGUUCAGCCGGGGGGUCAACAGGUUGUCCAGGUCCAGCAGGAUUUCCAACAGGCGGUCCAGGUCCAGCCGGGGGCCCAACCAGGCAUCCAACAGGGGGUCUUGGUCCAGCCGGGGUUCCAGACUGAGACGUAGCAGUGGCCCCUCAGAUGACAAGGUCUUUCUUUGUGUCGGACCCCUGAUCAGCUGACGGACCCUCGAUUACUGUAACCGGACUGUCAGACUUUCAGCCAAUCGGCUCGCUUCGCUAAGCCCUGUAUCCGGGCGGGUUUCAGAUGAUCCACCCUCCUCCGAGCACUCUGAUUGGCUCUCGUGGGAUGGGCAGGGGAUGUGGAGACGCCGCCUCUCUGAUGAUGUCAUCAGUGAGCAGCUGGACUAAUGAUGACAUCACUGUUAGCGAAGAGGAGCGUCGCCUUUAGGGUCCAACGCAAACGUACGGGAAAACCCUGGCGCCGGUCAGCGUUCUUCAGACGUUAGGAUUCAUCGUCCAAAGAUAUUCUGGUUACUUUAGAUCUGAAAACACUUCAGUAACCUUUGACUCAUAAGGACCUUCUCUGUGGACGGACUGACGGCUGAUAUCUGCUCUGAGCAGCACGCUGGUUUCUCCAGAGUAUGUGGAGGUUCCCAGUGCACUCUAUAGAAGAACCAUCCUGCUGAUCCACCUUACAUAUUUAUAUCAUUUAUUAAACAUGCCAGAUGAACCGCUCUCUCCUGACGGGGGAGCUGUCGGGGUGAAAUGAUUUCAGCAUUAACGCUUUCUCUCGAUAAGUUUAGUAAGUGAAUUCCAGGGUUCGUUUGUGCCAAGAUAAGCUGGUCUCUGUGAAACGUUUGUGAUGGACUUGAGGAACCUGACGGUUGGCUGCUGUGGAAACACUACCAAAAAGAGUUGUGUGCUGACUACUGAACUGAUUCUCCGGACGGCCCUGAACGCCUCGCCCCUUGGGGAACUCCAUGAUGUCAAACAGUGAGAGGACUUAAAGCUGCACGCAGGACGGCCGAGCUGCUGACGAAAUGUGACGUAGAAAUGUGAUUUUCUUUCUGUGUGGUCACCUGUCAAUAAACAGUGUGGGCGGGACUAAA